AUGGCAUCAAGCAAGCAAGCAAGAAUGUUCCCUAUUAUUUUAGAUAUUAGCAAAUUAAAUGAGAUUAUAGAGAUUUUGAAGCAAUACAACUUUUCUGAAGCUAAAUGGUUUGAGUUUGGGUUAAAACUUGGUCUAAUUCAUCCUACACUGGAAGCUAUUGAUGCUAAUCAUAGAGGAAAUACUUCACAUUGUCUGAUGGAGUGUUUAUCCAAGUGGCUGAGUAAAGCACAUCACCCUACUUGGCAGACAUUGGCUAGUGCUCUUAGAAAAUUGGAAGCAAAAGCAGUGGCUGAAAAUAUUGAGAAAACAAUGGUUGAUCCUGCUAGCCAGCUACUACAGCAUUACAGUAGUAGAAUAUCUGGAGCAACACUCUCUGAAGAAUCAGUUCAUCUGUUACAUACAGAAGGACUGAUAUCUGAAGAGACAUUGAGGGAAGUGAAGAGUUGUGGAUACACACUAACAGAUGAUGCAAUGAGAGAAAUAUACACAGCAGUAGCUUAUGAUCAUAACAAAUUGAAAUCAUUUGCUAGCAUAUUAAAAUCAACAGGCACUGUUAGUAUAGCCAAUGACUUAAUGAGAGACUGUGAGGACAUCUUUGAGGCAGAAAAUUCCACUAGUGGUUUUGGAGCACACAAUGAAUCAAGUAUUGUUGCACCAAUAAUAG